UUUCAUCAGAACAAAUGAAGAGUAACAUGUAUGACUGGCAGAGGAAGAGAGUAAUAUAUGUUUUGAUCAUAAUGUUUCUAAUUAGACUGCAAAUAUUGUGUUGAUGUGCAAUUUUUUAUAUCCUGUUACGUUUCCUUCGUAUUUGUUCAAAUCGGCCAAGUAAACGUUAUCUAACACCGCAGUACGACAUGUAUGAGAAAUUACCUUGUUGUUAUCUCUAGAGUUUAUCGUUUAUUUAAAGAUCAUUAGGUUUCCAAGAUGGAACGACUAUAUCGAGACUUUCUUUUUGUUAUCCUUGCGUUUGUUGUGGUGACUUGUAUGAUUAAUAUUUCUUCCGUAUUUCGGUGCACGUCUUCAAAGCAAGAUUCUUCUAAUGUACUACCAUGUGUUGUGUCUCCUAUGUCGUGUACAUCACAUUCAGACAGUGCAAACCAGAGGGCGCCCUUAUCGAACUUGACACUGGUGUGGGACGCGACAUCAGGUGAAGAUAGAAUUGAACAACAAAUUAAUUAUAAACCGGAAGUAGACCUUUCCCGUAAUAGGAUUAUUUUGAUAACUGGAAGUGGUGAUUUUGACGUUCCCAGGGGACAGGAAAAGUUUAUUCAAGACGGUUGUUCCAUUAAAAACUGUGAAAUCCACAGGGAUGACAAACAGAAAGUGAAAGUCGAUGCAAGACUGUUCAACAUGAUGAUAUCUUAUAAUGAAUUAUCAAUAAUUAAAAGAAAACCUGGAGAGAUAUGGAUUAUGUAUAUACUGGAGGGACCCCUGGCUACAAAUGAUUAUGUACUAUUAGGUGAUGUGUUUAAUUGGACAGCUUCAUUUCGUCACGAUUCUACUAUUGUGACACCAUAUGAAAAAUGGUUACCAUACACGAACAAAAAGAAUCAAACUCUUAAAAACUACGCAGCUGGGAAGAAGAAAAUGGCAGCCAUUUUUGUAUCUAACUGCGACACCAGCAAUAAUAGAAUGGGUUAUGUCAAUGAAUUGCAAAAGUACCUGUCUGUUGAUGUAUACGGUGCUUGUGGAUUUAAACAAUGUGAUAGGUCUUCAGAACUCCAUUGUUUUGAAAUGCUCAGAAAGGAUUACAAAUUCUAUUUAGCUUUUGAGAAUUCCAACUGCAGAGACUAUAUAACAGAAAAGUUUUUCCGGAAUGCUCUGAUAUCAUGUACCGUGGAUGGAUACAAUCCUCCUAGUUGUGACCACACUACUAUAACUGUGCAACAGAAUGAAAGAAAUAAGCAAGUAUGACGUACUUCCGGUGACAAUGGGAGCGCAUCCUGACGAUUACAAAAGAUCAGCUCCACCAAACUCCUUCAUUCACGUGGAAGAUUUUGAAUCUCCUAAACACUUAGCGAGUUAUCUAAAGUAUUUAGACGAAAAUGACGAACAAUACAAUGAAUAUUUCAAAUGGAAAGGAACAGGAGAUUUCAUAAACACGAAAUUUUGGUGUAGAUUAUGUGCUAUGCUAAAUGAUCUUAAAAAACCAAAUCUCGUCGUUCAAGAUCUCGGGGCCUGGUGGAGAAAACCAAAUAUAUGCAUACGUGGAGACCAAAGAUGGCGGAGGUGACAAUGUUGUGUUUAGGUGAUUCUGUCUCUGUUUAAAUUCAUGUAUAUCUUCAGUAUUUCUCAAUAACAUUCACAUCAUAAAACGCUUCAGUUGUCGGUA